AUGGGGACACGAUUUAAAGGUGACACCAAAGACCCGGCGGUCAAUGUCACAAAUUGGGUCCUUCUGGUCACAAUCAUUUUUAGUGUCUCUGCUCGAUUGGGAACUAAAAUUCGACUAUUCAAAAAGCUCACUGCGGAUGAUCUCCUGAUCAUUGCGUCUCUAGCCUUCGGCAUCGGUCAGAGUAUUGUCGUUUCGCUGGCAGUUGGGUCUGGCUAUGGAAAGCAUUCUACAGAUGUCUCCAGCCCCGAUAUGGACCAGGUGAUGAAAAACCUUUUUGCAGGGUCUCUUCUGUACCUCCUAAGCCUCACGUUCUCGAAGCUAUCUCUGGUCGUGUUUAUCCGGAGUCUUACACCAUCCACCAAAGAUAAAUGGCUCGCCCGAGGCGUCGAAGCCAUUGUAUAUGCCUGGGCAGUUGUUACGAUCUUUGGGACUGCAUUCCAAUGUUCUCUGCCCCAUACCUGGGACUUCCAGAACGGCAAAUGCUUUAACCUGUUAACUUGGCGCUACUUCAUCGCUAUCUCCAACAUCGUGACCGACCUCCUGAUUGUGGCUCAGGCGAUGGUCCUGGUUUCUAGCGUCCAAACGACGCUAGGGCGCCGCCUGGUCUUUGCAGGUAUCUUCUUGCCUCGGCUCUUUGUGACGAUCGCAACAAUUGGCGAGAUCGCCUUUAUUAAGAAAGGCACGAGAACGAACGACGCAACAUUUCAGAUGUGUGAAAUCACCAUUUUCGAAGUGAUUAUUCAGUGCCUCAGUAUUGUGACAGCCUGUUGGGGACAACUGAACCCCUUCCUGUCCUGGAUGCGAUCGAACGGACUCAAGCUCGAUGGCGUGGAAGACCCGACUUCUUGGAGCUACAAGAUGCGCUCGCAAUCACAGGGGCGAUCCAAGUCGCGGGAGCGCGAGAACAGGUUCGAGAACCACGAAAGCUUCCCUUUGCCGAUGCGACGAGAUCAAAUUUUGGUCACGCACGAUUGGGAGGUCGACAGUCAGUCGAGCCAGACGCACAUAAUGGAGUCGCAGACACACCACUAG